AUGUCACAGAUGGUCAGUCUGUUCCCCGUUCUUUUGCAACAAGGAUGGCGCAUCAUGUGUACAGUGAAAGAGGAGAGCGACGACAGCCCAGCAAGAGAUGUAGCGAAGGCGAUCUUGCAAAUCCUAGCCGACUACACCGUCAAUUGCCAGAGGGGUGGACCCAUGUCGUGGGAGAAUGCGGAAGGCUUCCUCCCGACAAUCAUGAGCUUUAAUAAAACCCUAGGUGUGCUCCCCGAUCUGGGGGAGGAGUUGGCCUUGCAGCAUCUAAACGGGCUUUGCCUGAACAUCCCCCAAAUAUAUUUGCUGGGGGCAGAGGUACGUAUCUCUUCAGACGGUCUUGUACAUAACGACAUCCUCGGGGUUCCCGAUGAAGUGGUUUGGGACUAUGGCGAAGCAUUGCGCCAGAUCGCCGUGGACCAGAACCUGGCUCACAUUCGAUUCAUUCGACUGGCCGACCUGCUGGAGCAUCCCAGAUCCACGAAAGAGUUUUACGUGGCGCAUGCAUCCCGCCUGCGCCGCGAGCCCACCCUGCGCUUUCAGGACCCUUCUUUCGACCCCCGGGAGGCCAUAAAUGCGGACAUGGACCUCCUCCUCACAUCUACGCCUCCGCCAUCAAGGCCCAGCGCGGGGACUAUGUGCGCCUCUCCAUCCACGAGCAAGACCAAGUUCUCCACCUGCGUGGUCAGGAUCGAGAACGCCGCGGACGGCGGCGCCCGGCUGAUCCCCGUCAUCGACCGGCUCCUGUAUGACUACUGGGUGUGUCUGCGGCUCGCCUGGGAGGUGGGCGAUGUGCUUGUCAACGACAACACGGCCAUGCUGCAUACCCGCACCGCGUAUUGA